UCAUAUCUAAACUUCUCUCCCUCUCCCUCUCUUGUUCUAUUCUCCUCUCUCUCUCUCUGUGCUGAUUUUACUCCCGUGGCUCUCGCUCUGCUCCGUUUUCUGCUCCAUUGAACGAAACAAAUAUCAAAAACCUACUCCCUCACAAAGUGGAUAAGAACCCCUCUUGAUCCAACCCACCUAUUAAGGAAUCCCCUAUUUUUAGCCUAAUCUUCCCCUCAGAAUCUUAGAUAAGGGAAAAAAUGCUAUCACUAAAUCCGGCCUAAUCUCAUUUUAUAGAGAGUUUAUUUAUGAGUUCUAUUCUGUGUCAACCAGGUCUAUGGGCUUUCACCUCCUGUUUUGUAGUUGCUCUCUCUCCAAGGUUACCAGGAUAGUAAGUUAGAGACACAGUUUAACUGCUUUUUGUUUGGAAUUCAUAUUUGCAUAUAUAUAUUUUGUGUUCAUGGACUUUCUGAGAGAAGUGGAAGGCAAGCGAGUUCAUGAUCGGUUCUUGGACGAGAAGAUGAAUAAAGCUCCAAGGUGUCUUUGGGUGCCAGGCCCUGUAAUCGUCGGUGCCGGUCCAUCGGGGCUUGCCGCAGCGGCAUGUCUCAAGGAAAGAGGAGUUCCCAGUUUGAUACUGGAGAGGGCCAACUGUAUAGCUUCUCUGUGGCAGCUCAAGACUUAUGAUCGUCUCCGCCUCCAUCUUCCCAAGCAUUUCUGCGAGCUUCCUCUCAUGCCAUUUCGCGCCAGUUUUCCCACCUAUCCCUCUAAACAGCAAUUUGUGGAUUAUUUGCAGUCCUAUGCUAACCGCUUCGAUUUACAUCCAGUGUUCAACGAAACAGUGGAUUGUGCCGAGUAUGAUCACAACCUUGGAUUUUGGCGUGUGAGGACUGUGGGACUGAAGAAGGACGACAGGACUGAGUACGUGUCUCGGUGGUUGGUGGUGGCUACCGGAGAGAAUGCAGAGGCCAUCAUCCCAGAAUUUGAGGGAAUGAGUGAGUUUUCGCGACCUGUUGUUCAUACCAGCUCCUACAAGAGCGGGAACGUCUUUCACGGCAAGAGAGUAUUGGUAGUUGGGUGUGGGAAUUCAGGAAUGGAAGUCUGUUUGGACCUCUGCAACCAUGACGCUAGCCCAUCUCUUGUGGUCAGAGAUUCAGUGCACAUCUUACCACGAGAGAUGCUGGGAAGAUCAACUUUUGGGCUUUCUAUGUGGUUACUGAAAUGGCUGCCCAUACGACUAGUAGACCGUUUCUUACUGCUGGUGACCCGCCUCAUGCUCGGGGACACGUCCCGGCUGGGCCUCGAUCGCCCAGACCUCGGUCCCCUCGAGCUCAAGAACAUAACUGGCAAGACACCAGUGUUGGACGUAGGGACCCUCGCCAAGAUAAAAUCCGGUGACAUCAAGGUGCGCCGGGGCAUAAAGCGACUAACACAGCACUCAGUCGAGUUCGUGGAUGGGUGCGUCGAGGAGUUUGAUGCCAUCGUCUUGGCAACCGGCUACAAAAGCAACGUACCAUCUUGGUUAAAGGAGAGAGAUUUGUUCUCGGAGCAAGAUGGGUUUCCGAGGAGGCCAUUCCCAAAUGGGUGGAAAGGUGAGUGUGGGUUAUAUGCUGUGGGGUUCACCAAACGUGGCCUACUUGGUGCCUCGAUGGAUGCCAGACGGAUAGCGCAAGACAUCGAGCAUUGCUGGAAAGCCGAGGCCAAGCAUCAUCUCACCGCAUUCGGCCGCCCACCACCACAGUCACUGCCAUAACCACAAUUAAUUGUGACUUUAUUGAUUCCAUUUGAGAACUCAGACAUCCAUACAGAUAGAGAAGACUAUACAUUGAACUAGCUAGAGCUCCUUGAAUUUUAAAUCUAUGGUGGUGGUACCAGACAAGGUGAUCCUUCCUUUGAGGAAAUCAGAAGAAGAGUGGUUGGAUUUGAUCAGAAUAUUUCUAUGCCAAUUAUGUUGGCCUGAUGCCUUGGGAAUUAGGAGGAGCUGUGACUGAACAAAUUGUUUGUUGCCCUGUUGGUAAGGGGACCUCCGACCUCCACCAUAUUGUACAUCGUGUACAUUUUGCCAUUUUUCUCUAAUUAGGCAUGACUUUUUUUAAUGUGAGAGAGAGAGAGAGAGAGGGAGGGUGUCGGUGUUUUGGUGUUUGUUUCCAAGAUGAUGGGAUUGCUGAUUAAUGCUUCCAAGAGAGAGGGGGGUUGUUGGUGUUUUGGUGUUGUUUGAUUUCAAACAGAUUUGGGGAUGAAAGUAUAGAAUUCUAAUGUUUUUGCUCAGGAUCAUAAACCCUGUAUUGAUAUGAUAUUGAUUCUCGAUUAAG